AAAACAUUUGGCAGCUGCAUAUUUCAAGUUCAUUUCCUGUUAUAGUGUCUAUGUAGACUCCCAGUGAUACACUUUUCAUGUAGACAGCUGCACUGACCUCCUGCAGACACAAUACAAGCGGACUACAGCCUGAUUUUCUGUUCUUAAUGGGGUGGCCACUUUUGCUGUGUCUUGCUGCCCUGCUCUUUAUGAGUGGGGUGGCAACAGGACAAACCACAGAUAUACUAUCUCCGCCACCAGAGAUAAUAGUAGAACUAGAGACAACAAAACUACCAGAGCUACCACCCCCAGGUCUUCAUAUUCCUGACACUUUCUAUCCAUUCUGGAAUGGAACAGCAGUUGAUCUUUUUGCUAAUAAUGGAAUUACGGCUCACAUACUUCAGCAGGCGUUCCGAUACUUUGGAUCCGAUGAGUACAUAAUAUAUGUGAAUAGGAAUGGUGUACUGAGUUUCGUAGAGCCACUCACUGACUUCAGUCCUGCGCUGUAUGAAGGCACUAAUAUCAUCGCUCCACUCUGGACUGACUUUGAAAUUGACUACAGUGAAAAAGUCAUCUAUCAGGAAGUCACCAGUGGUCCUCUUCUGUCACAAGCUGCACAAGAUAUUAAUACCAUGUUCCCAGGGAAUAAUUUUUACCCUACAUUGCUCUUUAUAGCCACUUGGGAAACAAUGUCAUUCGCCAACAACACAGGGAAUGCGACAUUCCAAGCAGUCUUGGUUUCUAAUGGUGCAGAUGCCUCUUACAUCAUGCUAAACUACGGACAAAUUGAUUCUACGGAUCAGUACUGGCUGGCUGGCUAUGAGGCAGUGGAUGGCAGCUACAGUUUCAUUCCAGAAGCAGACAUCGUUCGCCUCUCUUCAACUAGUAACGUCCAGAUUCCCGGUCGCUGGGCUUUCCAAGUUGCCACUCCGGUCACUCCGGUCUUGUCUACUUGUCAGAUGCUGAACUGCACUUGGGAUGAAAUCUGUAGCCAGAUACAUGGAACUUAUGGCUGUGCCUGUGGGCAAAACAAUCCAAGGCCAAACACAGACACUUAUGAUGCCACUGAAACCUGUUCAGGCAGUACUGGAUCACUGUCUCUGUCUCGCUGUCAGCUCUUUGAAGCCGGAUAUUCUGCAGAUGUUCUCCACCUCAAUGACCAAAGCUGCAAAGGGGUGGUCCAAAAUGACAGGCUGGUGUUCAACUUUGACAGUAAUGCCAACAUGUGUGGCACAACUCUGGAGAAUAACGCCACACACAUCAUCUUCAAGAACAACGUUGGGACGACUGACGGGAUAGGUGUGAUCAGUCGCAGUGGUGGGCUCAACAUUGCCUUUUCCUGUGUGUAUCCACUCAUCCAGAGCAUCUCCAUGCCCAUGGCCAUCCAAGCCACAGGAAGUGUAAUCAGCAAGGAACUGUCUACCGAGGGCACGUACCAGAUCAGGAUGAUCCCAUAUCCUGAUUCUCAGUUCCAGGCUCCAUACUCUGGCAAUGUGACCCUACAAACGAACCAGCAGCUUUAUAUAGCUGUGGAAGUGGAUCAGUUUGACAGCAAUCAGAUCGCCCUUGUGCUUGACAAGUGCUGGGCCACACCUGUCAACCAGAUGGACUAUUACAUCCGCUGGGACCUGAUCAUUGAUGAGUGUCCAAAUCCCGCCGACGGCACGGUGGUAGUGUUCCAGAAUGGUAUGUCUACAUCCAGCCGCUUCUCCUUCAGGAUGUUCACGUUUACCAGCUUCAAUAGCAACAUCUACCUGCACUGCCAAGUCCACCUCUGUCUGCUCGGAUCAGACAACUGUGCACCGUCAUGCAAUGGAGAACUUGGCAGAAGACGCCGAUCUGCAGAUUUCUACGACUCGGCUGCUAUUACCAUGGGAUUUUGAUUUGUUUGAUUGAAACUUGUGAUGUAACAGGGCUAUAAUUUCCUCUUUCUCUUUGUUCUAUGUUUAAUCAAAGUAUUGCUAUGGCUUAAAAUGAAUCAUUAAACUAAUUAAAAAAUCUAAAGUUCAAAAUCAAUUCAAAUUCAAAAUCAAAAUUAAGCUGCAGUUAUAAUUCCAUUGCAGGUGAUUGUACUCAUCUGUACUGCUGUACUCAUUGUUCUGUCUAAUCAGUAGUAAUUAAUAAUACAUCAGUAAUAAUAAAUGAUAAAUUCUUAUUCUUA